AUGCUGGCGCAGCCCGCUCGAGAUCUCCGCCAUGGAGCACGCGACGGCCAUGACGCCAAUCAUGCCCACCAGAUACGCCCAGGUGAGCCCCGCGUUGCCGGAGUAGGCGAGCGAGUACCACAGGGUGGACGCGAUCGAGGGCAGAAGGCCGAGCACCGAGAACGAGACUCCGAACGUGGUGAUGAGCGAGAACUCUCUUUUGAACUCCUGUUUGUAGCCGAGGGCCAGGAUGACCGCCUCGUCCUUGUCGACGGAGUGGUCCACGAGAAUCUUCUGCGACCUGUUGGACAGCACAGAGGUGAUGUGCAUUUGGUCCACCGAGACAAUCGUGGCGGUGGACCGGACAGCGUCAACGUUCGAGGCCAUGGCGCAAAUUGGUCAAGAGGACCGAUCGGUGUCUAUAUAUAUACAGCUUAUCAAAAAGAGUUUAACUGUGCGUAUCGUCAAAGGGCUGUGCUGAAACGUCUUAUCGGUGGACAUGCUUUGGCGGCAACAGAACAGACGUUGCAGAAGCGAUAUGUGGAGAUUGGGCCGCAAUCGACGAGCGAGGCCCGAAAACGCUUCUUAUUGGCUUUGCAGCCGCGGUCUGGCGUACAAUAG